CCCCAGAGCCACAGAGCCACUAGCGACCAACCCGUGGCCAACCAGAACAGGAGCGGCUCUCUUGGCGUGCUCACCUCACCUCACCUUUGCUAGCUCCAAGUUUUUACCCCUUCCUCGGUGCCUUGAUAUCUCUCUCCUUCGCAUCCGCCUGUAAAGACGAGGCAGUCAAGCAAGGGAGUUUGACCAAGAGCCAAGAUCGUGUCCGUCGGCUGCCAUCCAUGGCGGGGGAGGCCAAGAAGCUCUUCGCCGCGUCCGAGGUCGCGCUCCACGCCUCCAGGAAGGACUGCUGGGUCAUCAUCGGCGGCAAGGUGUAUGAUGUGACCAAGUUCUUGGAGGACCACCCUGGGGGAGAGGAUGUGCUCCUCCAUGCAUCAGCCUCUGGGGAUGCCACGGAAGCAUUUGAAGAGGUGGGACACAGCACUUCAGCUGUCAGCAUGAUGGACAGCUAUUUGAUCGGAAGCAUCAAGGGCUAUGUUCGUCCGGCUGCAUCAAAGGCUACAGAUCCUUGGAGCACUGAUGUGCCACCAAAUUCCAGGACAAUGCAAGGGAACAAAGGCCCUCCUAAUCCAAAUACCUUCCUGGACUUUCUACUCCCAUUGUUUGUGCUUGGCCUGGCAUUUGCAGCUUGGUAUUACCUAACCUUCGUCUCCAAGAACCAUUAAAUUCAGUGAGGCCAGGAAUUAUUUCUCAUUAUUAUAUAGCUAGAGUUAUAUUAGAGAAAACAUUAAAAGAUGGCAAACCUUGUAUUACGGUAUUAUGUACUUGAAGGUCGCUAGCUAAGGUUUCAUUGGAAGUCCUUUCUUGUAUGUAACAUGCAUGUUAGCAUGCAGAUGUAUGAAUGAGACAAUUUAUCCUUAUUUUUGGUUCAGAUUCCUUUACUUGUAAAAAAAACUUGCUUUUGUGGUAAACAUCCCAGUGACUUAGUACAAUUUCA